AUGGCUGGGAAGACCGCUCGAAAACAUGCAACCGCAGCACCUUCAGCGAAGAAGCGUAAAACAUCCAUCACCUCAUCAAUUCCAUUGAUUAUCCAACAAAAACUCUCAUCUGAUCAAGUCGUUAAUGCCCAUGACAUAAUAUCUCAAGUGGAUAUUCACAGUGCCACGAAAGCUCGAUUGUUAUUGACUUGGUUGCUGUAUCCCGUGACUCCCGAAGAAUUUUACGAAAAGUAUUGGGAACAACGACCUUUAGCCAUUAAACGUAACUUUGCCAGCUAUUAUGACGGCUGGUUUAGUAAAGAGGAGAUGGAUCGUAUUCUCAAGACUCAUACGCUCGAAUAUGGCGCUGAUCUGGACCUUACCAAGUACGUAGAAGGCACUCGUCAUACACUCAAUCCAUCAAGCUCUGCAACAGCUAAACAAGUGUGGAAACACUAUGAUGAGGGCUGUUCCGUACGGUUUCUAUGUCCUCAAAAGUUUUCGGACAAUGUGUGGAAAUUAUUGGCUACACUUGAAGAUGAAUGGGGCUGUAUGGCUGGUGCGAAUUCGUACUUGACACCAAAAGGCACACAAGGAUUUGCCCCUCAUUUUGAUGAUAUUGAAGCCUUCCUGUUGCAAACGGAAGGACAUAAACAUUGGAAAGUGUACGAACCUUUGCAAGACAGUGACAUGUUGGCGAGAUACUCGAGUGGAAAUUACAAGAAAGAAGAAUUGGACAAACCGAUGCUGGAAGUGGAUCUGGAACAGGGUGACUUGUUGUAUUUUCCAAGGGGGUUUAUUCACCAAGCGCGUGCACAUAAGGAUACGCAUUCGUUGCAUCUGACGGUAUCAACGGGUCAGCAGAAUUCAUUGGGCAAUUUUCUCGAAGUGUUGCUACCGCAAGCUUUGGAGGCUGCUAUCAACACGAAUGUCGAACUCCGACGAUCUUUACCCCGUGAUUAUUUAGAGUACAUGGGUGUCAUGCACUCGGACCGUAUAGGUGAUUCAGAGAGACAGGCAUUCACGAACAGGCUGAAGGGUGCGCUGAAGGUUGUCCUUGGCGAGGCGUUGAGCACACUGGAUGCUGCAUCCGACCAAAUGGCCAAGAACUUUCUUGUCGAUCGCUUGCCACCUGCUCUUGAAAAUGAAGAAGAAAAUUGUACAAGUGACCAGAGCCCAUUGCAAAAAAUCACCGUCAACACUCAGCUGAAACUUAUCCGACACAGCAUUGCUCGUCUUGUCAUUGAAGAUGGCAAGGCUGUGGUCUAUCACUGCCGCGAAAACUCACGCAUGCAUCACGAAGUUUCAAUCUCACCAUUGGAAUUUGAAUUAGAUGAUGCAGAAAGUAUCGAGUUUAUUCUAAGUAGUUAUCCGGAUUACUUUCGCGUUGGUGACAUGCCACAUGAAGAUCCCCAAGAUCAGAUAGAACUUGCAAAGGCUUUCUACAAGGAAGGCAUUCUCAUGUAUCAAAAGUCCUAA